AUGAAAGAUCGCACUGAGAAUCCCUCGGAUCAACGCGAGAAGUGCUGUAACGCUUGUCCUUGUUGGAUUCCCGAGGGACAGAGGGAGAAUCGUCUUGGGAUAAUUAAACAGAAAAGAGACUCGACUUGUGAACCGAUAGAAUGCGAAUGCGGGUCUUAUAUUCGUGACAUCGAAUUUGUUAAUCGGAUAUCGGUGAUGCAGCUACAUGCUGGAAGGAGGAAGGGGAUGACUGUUAAUUUCCUACCAAGGAUGGUGGCGGUCUUUGUUUUCGUUUGCCUUCUACUGCAGAAUGGUCGAUCGACAUUCGCAGCGUUUACCACUGUUACCACCAUCCCUGAUCCCGAAUUCGUUGACGAAAUAGGAAACAUUACAGUACCAGCAGGACGAAAUGUCAAAUUGGCGUGCAGUGUGAAAGAUCUUGGAUCAUUCAAGGUGGCCUGGAUGCUUUUCGACAAGAGCGCUAUCCUGACGGUACAGAAUCACGUUAUUACCAGGAACCCCAGAAUAUCCGUGUCGCACGAUAAGCACAGGACCUGGUUCCUACAUAUCACCGACGUGCACGAGGAGGACAAGGGAAAGUACAUGUGCCAGAUUAACACUGCUGCCGCCAAAACGCAAUAUGGCUAUCUACACGUCGUAGUACCCCCGAAUAUUGACGAUUCGCAAAGUUCAUCAGAUGCGAUCGUUCGCGAAGGCGCCAAUGUGAGUCUUACUUGCAAGGCAACCGGAAGUCCAACGCCUAGCAUCCGUUGGAAACGAGACGACGGUAGCAAGAUCUCGAUCAACAAAACUUUAUCUGUGACAGAAUGGGAGGGCGAAACGCUGGAAAUGGCGCGGAUUUCGAGAUUGGACAUGGGCGCAUAUUUAUGCAUCGCCAGCAACGGUAUACCACCGACGGUUAGCAAGCAGAUCAAAGUGUCGGUCGAUUUCCCCCCUAUGCUCUGGAUACCGCACCAAUUGGUUGGCGCGCCCCUGGGCUAUUCCGUUGAACUUGAAUGCUAUACCGAGGCUCAUCCGACUUCUUUGAAUUACUGGGCGAAAGAGGAUGGCUUAAUGAUUCAUGAAAGCGGUAAAUACAAGACGAUAUCGAAACCCGACAAACCAUCCUACAAGACGCACAUGACACUCGUGAUAAACGAUAUACAGCAAGAAGACUACGGUAGCUACAAGUGCAUCGCCAAGAACCCACGUGGAGAAACCGACGGGACGAUUCGUCUGUACAUGUCCGCGCCGCCGAGCACCAGUCCUAGUCCGUCUACCACGGAAAUCCUUAAAAAGGAUUGGGAACUCAUGGCGGAGAUGAAUAACUCUGUUUACGGAAAUCCAAGUUCGCUGACAAUUCAAAAUGAGAAGAAUGUCAAGACAGGUACCAAGUUCCAGUCAAACCUGAACGAAAUUGGAAAAUCGGAGCAAAAGUCAUCUGAACUAGACAGAAAAAGAAAUUUUAAUGGUUGGCCUCCUGAUAAGGAUUCAGCAACGGGCGUGAUGACGACCGUAACGCUACUACUAAUUGCUCUGGCCAUAACGAUAAUUCGAUAAACAAGAUCUGAAAAGAAGCGAGCGAUGACCUCGUCGUUGAUACACCAUCGGUGUUGGUUUCCCUAAUUAACGGACUAAAUUAAAAGGAAAUGAAAGAAAAAUUAGAAUUCAAAUGACACGAAAGACAGACACACUCACACACGAGAAAUGUACGCGCGCGCGUACACGCGUACACACGAUUACACAGAAGUGACACAAAGACUGACCGGAGUAGUUAGUGUCUGUCAUUAAAUGAUGGAGAGUAAUUUACGCGUGCCAAGUUAGUGUAGCGACGACAGUCCACGAGUGGCCAAGAAUUAAAGAAGUACGAAUCCUCAUCGAUCUCACUUUCACCGAUUGUGCGUCCCGUGGCCUGAAGGGUGAGACACGCAUCGGGAAAUGGAACAACGAGAACGAGGGGAAAGGGUAUUGACAAAAGUGCAACGACUAUCGCUUUCAGUGUAAUAUAUUGUAUAACGCCGUAACAAUGACGCCAACAACAGAUACAGUGAUCUUGUCUCCGCGAGGGAGUGCGAUCCGGAACGUGUGUGAGAGUGAAUCGUUACGUUUUUUAACUACAUUAUACGAGAGUAUUUUAGUCGCGCUAACUGUGAGUGACAUUUUUCGGAAUAUCAAAACGAAAAUCGUUCGAGCUUAAUACUGGAUUAAAAUUUCACCGAACCGAUUAGUUUUUUUUUUCCAGCACUUUAAACUUAUAUCUCCCUCCUGAAAUGAUUUUCUUCCUUCAUUCGUACGAUCGAUACGUAAAGGUUCUCAACAAAUUUUGUCAACAACAUAAGAAACGCUUACGUUCGGAGAUUCGUCGCGACGAUACGUAUCUCGAGGAAAAUCGCGGGGGUUAGUCACGCUUCGAGCAAAGUUGAUUCGCCGUCAACAUCCGAAUCAGGUUCCAUUUGUAUACGUAGUCACGGCUCGACUGUAUGUAUUCCUUAAGUAUCAGCUUUUUCUUUUUUCUUUUUAAUUUAGAUGCGUAAAUGCGAGAAAAAUGCGUGUAUUAUCUCCAGCAUCGAUUCUACUUCUUUACUCCGUGACAAACUUCCCCGUUCUGCCAAGUACAUUUUAAAUUCUUCGAUUCUUUUUCCACCUCGUUUCUAUCCUUAGCUCCUUACGUAGGAAAUCAUGGAUCCCAUCUGGAUACUUGAGAUUAAAACGUCAGAUUCGGGAUGGGAGAGUUGCUCUCAUCUGGAGAGGCAGUCGAAGAAAGCACGGACAAGGUGAAGAGAAAACGAAGAAAAUGGAAAAUUUGCGGCAGAGAAAGAAAUGAAAAUAUAUCGUUAAUAACAAUCAAGAAAUCGAAUACUGUUAGUUGCAAACGUUUUCGAAUCAAUCUGAUAUUGCUGUGCUGUUUUAAAAAAAGUGCUACAAUCCUUUUUUCACAUUAUGUACAGGCACACGUGUCUUUUAUUUAAUUGUAAUUCUAAUCAGAGUCAAAAGUGGAAAAUCAAAUUGAUUUUCUUCUCACUGUACCACAAAAUUUAUUUCCUCUUUUGCAUAAAUGUGCCAAAAAUAUUGCUUUUUCCGCUUGUGAAUUAAUAACUAGUUCUAAAUUUCGAUUAGCUGAGGUAAAAUGCAUUUUCUCUUGAAUUGUAGAAUACGCGUAGCUCCAACUUUAUUUAUUUACUUAUGCAAUUACAAAAGGAAAUUUUAUUAUUACUAUUAACGUAAUAUUAACGUAAGCGCGAUUUGUUUCUGAUGUUCUAAUCUAGGUCGACAGCGGUGAUCAAAAAUCUUGAGCAUAUCAAUAAAACAUCUUUUGUUCUAUUCUCUUUUAUUAUUUCUUAUUGCAUUAACGAUAAGUGAUUUAUACAAACAGAAAAAAGUGCUGGCUUUAAGAAAUAACUUUCCAUACACAUAUUCAUACAUUAUCAUUGUGCAUGGCAAAACGUCGACGUGCGUUUAAUUUGUAUUUAAUCAGAUUCGAUAGCAAAAAAUUUUCCAACUAAAUAUCUACUUAACAGAAUUAAUAGGGAAUAAUUGCAAGGUAAAUUACAUAUUUGCUAAAAAUAUUGGAUUCACUUGACAUGGCACAAUCGAUUUGUUUACAUGUUAAUUGAUCAAAUUGGGAUUUAUUCGUAGGCGGUCGCGAGAGGCUGGUCCGGUCUUGCCAGGUUUUAAGCGGACUUCUAACUACUUAGGAAUAUCCAUUAUUCAGCGUACAUCUUGUUUAAAGCAACAGGUUCGAGAGAGUCCCUGCACUCGGUGCGCAAAGGAGUUAAUGCCCGCCAUGGAUUAAAGAAGGGAACGGGUCGACUUAGGGAUUACGCAGACUUACUCUGAUGAGGUCUGUAAUCGUAUCAUUCGCGAGACUAGCGAUCUUAAAAGUCAUAAGCAUUUAACAUGAGGGGGAUCACGCGCUUUUGGAACAUCGCAGCGUUUGCAGUCUAUAGAAAUUACUGCGACGAAUUCAAAUCCCGAUCUGAUCAACGCUACGAGCAAUUGUUUCUCAACUUGUCGAUUAAAACGUAUUUAUUGUAUUUAGUGCAUUUACGCAUGAACGAUUAACUAAUAUUUUUAAUAAAAAAAAAAAACAUUUUUAUAGAUACAUUAUAAACAGUUUUUGUUUGAUAAAAGUAAAAUUGUGAAAGUUUAUAAACAAGCAAUUAAACACAAUAUGUUGCAAUAUAUGGAUUGCACUCGACGAAGGUGCUCAAAUAAAUUUUUAGACCAAUAUACUGAAUGAUCUAUCAAAAUGAUGUCUAAAUAUUUUGAAUAUUCUUUAAUAUUAUUAUUAACUAUUAUUGUUUUUUAUCAGAGACUGAUGCAAUUUAAUAUACAUCAUAUAAAGUUUUAUUUAUCUAUUUUAUUUAUUAGUUUUAUUUAUAAUAAUUUUGUGAAGGAGAGAUAAAUACGAACACUUUGCAAUCUUUUCGUAAAUGCAAAGAUGAUUGAACAUUUGUUAGCCUAGUGUAAGAAAUUUUUAUUUCACUAAUAGGCAUAGACUGAUUAAAUAACGCUUAAACAUUUUGUUAUGUAAUUUAAUUAGUAGAAUACAUUGUACUUUGCAAGUUUGUUUAAGACAUAAAAAUCUAGAAGAAUCGAAGAAUCUUAACAUCUUUGUGUGAACAAUUUUGCUUACUAAAAACCCAGAACUAUGUAACAAAAUAAAGAGACAUCACUCUUUUUGGGUGUACUUAAAAAGAACCGUGCACUGCCCAUAACGCAAGUAGGAUCCACAUUGCACAUGUGUAUGUACGUGUGUGUAUAUGCGUGUUUGUGAUUGCAUGUAGGACGACAAAGAUUUUUUGUUUAUAAUAUCUGUGCGUAACACCAUUUUCCGUUAGCAUCAUAAGUAGCGCGAUAGAGUUUCAUUUUCAACUUUUUAAAAUCUCAAUUUUUUGAUCUCAUGAAUUUGAAGCUCGUUAAAUUACACGCAAAAUUAAUGAAAUUGAGAGAUGGUGGAUUUGUCAAAGGUAAAAAAAAACAGUAUUUGAAAAUUAAUUCCUUUUACUAUAAUCAAAUAAUUUUAAUGAAAUAUGUGAAAGGCUAAAGGAAAAUGGUGACGCGGAUUGUUCGAAUUAUCGGUCUAGGGACGCUCGAACGUUGACUCGUCAUUGACGAACCCUGUAAAUAGAAGUAUACCAGUGAUAUGAAUUGCACGUAGAGUAAGCUUCGCGCAAGCCAGCGAUGAUAGUGUACGACGCGUCACGUACACCACAUCAUUAAUUCGUUUUUCCGUUUCGCGAAUUUCCGCUUUUAAGUUCUUUCGCCGUCAUUUCUCAUGCGCGGGGAAAUGCGUAAGAAGGGUAAAUCUUAGCGAGAGAUAUUUUGACUGUAGUCACUAAGAUAAAAAUGCGGAUCGACGUGAAAAGAAAAGAAAAAGAAAUUCGCCGUCUUAGCGUUACAAGUACGUGAUAAGACGUAUUGAACGCAAAGGUAUAUAUGUAUACAUAACGCAAAUUAUAAAUAUGAAAAUACAAAUAUAUAAAUAUAAAUAUACGAAUUACGGGGGACUAUAUUGGGUAUACAUACAUAUAUAAAUAUAUAUAUAUAUAUAUAUAUGUUAUAUAAUAUAUAUAUUAUUAUAAUAUUUAUGCUUUGCGACGUUGAUUUGAAUGUUGUUAUUUACAAGAAAACCAAAAGAAACGAGACAUUCUUAUGAAUAUGCUCGACAUAUGUAAUAAAAGAAGAGUUACGUAAGAACUCUAUAAAAAAAA